AUGAACCCUGCAGUUUUAGAAACAACAAACAUUGGUCUACAGCACCGUCAUGACCAUGGUGACCACGACAUGGGUGGUGGCGAUAGCUGUACCUCAUCACACGCCAUGACAUUCCACGCGGGCGUGUGCCAAGAGAUCCUCUUCAAUGGAUGGAUGACCACCACAGCGUUGGAACUAUUCGGCUCCGCGGUGGCGAUAUUCCUCGCCGCAGUCCUGUAUGAAGGUCUUAAGUACUACAGAGAGGCACUGCACACAAGAGCAACAACUGCAACUGGUGACUCGCAAGUCAAUAUCACCAAGAACGAAUGCGGCAACCAAGGCGCCUGCGGUGGUACUGCUAUAGUGAAAUAUUCGAUGCUCUCAAGCGGUCACAUAAUCCAGACCUUACUCCACAUUGUUCAAUCAACCGCCUCCUACAUCCUGAUGUUGGUGUUCAUGACUUACAACGUUUGGCUGUGCAUAGCACUUAUCCUUGGAUUAGCUGUUGGUUACUUUUUCUUCGGCUGGAGAAAGAGCACCGUGGUUGACGUCACCGAGCAUUGUCAAUGA